GCGUACAAGCGUACGCAAACCCCUAGCAGAAGCGGUGAGAGAGAGAGAGAGAGGCGGAGCCCUCGGUGUCUCGUCGCUGCCUCCCCGUACGCGUCCUCGAUUCGAGCCGAGAUCUAGGUUUUCUGGGGUUAGGGCUAGGGUUCCGAUCUCUCUGUUGGAACGAUGCUAUCAUGGAAGGAGAAGGUGGCGGACAAGCUCUCUCGUCUUCUUGCGGACUCGCCAUCCUCGCCUUCCCCUUCGGCCGCGGACUUCCCCAUCGCUAGCCACGAGUCUCAGGCAGUGUCCUUUUCUUCAAAGGAAUUUAGCACCCCCAAGAAAUCUACUUUCUCUUCAUACAUUUCAUCUCUUCUCCCUACAAGCUCGGGCAUUGAUGCAGAUAAGCAAAAUUCACCUGCUUGUCGACACAAUAGAAGAACAUUAUCGUCUCGCUUGUUGCCUGUACAAUUGGAUUGUAGGGACGACCACAAAACUAAAAGUGAAAGUGAUGAAACUGUUGAGUUUUUGAAAGAAAAGCUAGAACAUGUCUCUGGAAGGAAUAUUAACAGAUCUAAUGGAACUGAAGAAGCAUCCACUUCACAUGAUUCUGAAGAAUAUCUUUCAUAUUUUUUAGAAAAAUCUGUGUUUAUAUCUGCAGAUUUGUUUGAGUUUUUGCAGUCAUCCCUCCCUAAUAUUGUGAAAGGACGCCAGUGGGUUUUGUUGUAUAGUACGUGGAAACAUGGAAUAUCACUUCACACACUUCUUCGUAGGAGUAUUGAUCUCCCAGGCCCAUGUUUACUAAUUGCAGGGGAUAUGAAAGGUGCUAUAUUUGGUGGUCUGUUGGAUAGCCCUCUAAAGCCUACAGCCAAAAGAAAAUACCAGGGGACAAACCAAACAUUUGUAUUUACCACCAUAUAUGGGGCGCCAAGACUCUUCAGAGCAACUGGUUCAAAUCGGUACUAUUACUUGUGCUUGAAUGAUCUAUUGGCAUUUGGUGGGGGUGAAAACUUUGCAUUACGCCUUGAUGAAGAUCUAUUACAUGGAACGAGUGGCCCGUGUGAAACCUUUGGGAACUUAUGUUUGGCUCAUAGUGCAGAAUUUGAAUUAAAGAAUGUCGAGUCUGUGUAUCAGGGCCCAAGUUUUUCAAAAUAUUAAAGCUUGACCAUAGCCCAUGGACUUAUCAACUGAACCCAAGCCUGAAGUUUUAAAGUUGCACCUCUCAGCAAAGCAGGUCCAUUGAUACUUAAAAGGCACCUUUUUUUGGCUCUAAUCUGGUAACAGCGGCAUGCAGUCUUCAGUAAUGGUUUAAAGCCGAGAAAUAAGAGGAGUGGAAAAAUUACCACAGCUACUACAAUGCAAAAGAACAAAAGAUAUAAGUGGCGGAUAUGACUGAGAAAUAAAGAAAGAGAUGAUGCAGGCAUUCAAGUCCCGACCAUGUGCUUCCAUGGUAUUACAUCAUUAAGUUCUCCACAUCUAUGUGGAAAAUGACUGGAAGGCCUUUCAUGUGGCCUGGUCUUUGAUAGGACUAUUUGUAGGUUCCAGCAGCUUGAGUGCAUAUAGUUCAUAGCCUAAUAGAAUGAUAAGCCCGUAGCUCUCCUCCAGCUAAACUUGCAUUGACUUCUAAUGUAUAAUCUUCUGUGGCUAACUUGCCUAAAUUGUUUUUGUUGUCAGAAAACCAUAUCCUUGCUGUCUGAUUUGCUUGAUAGCU